AUGACCUACAACUAUCACUACGACGUUGCCACGUCCAAAAGUUCUUUGAUUAUAAAACUUCUGCUAAGAUGGAGAGGUUCCGUAUGGCAAGCAACUUAUGUAGAACUCGGUAUAUGGACUGUAUGCUAUGGUAUUAUUUCUAUAAUUUAUCGUUUUGCCCUAUCGGAUACUCAGCAAAACUCAUUCGAGAGAUUUGUUCUUUUCUGUGAUAAUCGAUUGAACUAUAUUCCACUCAACUUUAUGCUUGGUUUCUUCGUACAAAUUGUAGUCAAUAGAUGGUCACAACAGUUUGCGAAUCUAGGCAUGAUCGAUAAUAUUGCAUUGUUUACUUCAUCACUUAUUAGUGGGAGAGAUGACAGAGGUCGUCAAAUUCGGAGAAAUAUAGUAAGAUAUUGCUGUUUAUCACAAGCUUUGGUGUUCAGAGACAUUCAUGUGGGCGUACGUAAACGUUUCCCAAAUUUGGAUACGCUGGUGGCUGCCGGAUUGAUGCAGCAACAUGAAAUGGACAAGUUUGAUGGCUGCAAAUCGCGUUAUGCCAAAUAUUGGCUGCCAUUCAAUUGGGCUUUACAUUUAUUGAAUGUUGCUCGUAAAGAAGGACGUAUCACAUCGGAUAUGAUGCAAAAUUCUGUAGCUCAGGAAAUACGGACAUUCAGGAGUGGUCUUUCUUUGAUUUGGACUAAUGAUUGGGUUCCUCUACCUAUAAUGUAUCCGCAACUGAUUACAUUGGCUACUUAUGCCUACUUCACUGUAUGCUUGGUCUCAAGACAGUUUAUCAUAACAUCAACUGCGAAAAAUGCAACAGAAUAUGAUCUCUACAUCCCAUUUAUGUCUAUGAUGGAGCUAGUGUUCUACAUGGGUUGGCUCAAAGUUGCUAUGGGUCUUCUGAAUCCAUUUGGAGAAGACGACGAAGACUUCGAUUGUAACUUUUUACUCGAUCGGAACAUGACUGUUGGACUAACUAGCUGCGAUGAAGCUUUUGAUGAUAUACCUGAUGUACAACCAGAUGUUUUCUAUAACGAUACAGUAUCCCUUCUCUAUUCGAAGAAUUCGGCAGCUAAAAAUGUCAAAUUCUAUCUCGGAAGUGCCAAUGCCGGCGCUGGGAAGCCGUUCCAUUUGUUGGAGUCAAUUAGUCAUCUUCUUCAUAUACCCGUAAAAGAAGAUGAUGAUUCUGAAAAAGAAGUAGAAAUGGUCCGUCAUCCAAUUAACGAGAGAGUCGAUCAGUAUCUCCAAACAACGCCUAGAAAUAGACGAGGAUCGAGCAUUAUAUCAGUAGUAAAUCCCAAAGCUAAACGUAUGGAUUCUUUCUCAAGUGCAGUAUUCCGGCGUAGAAAAACUGGUACUAAAAAUUCUAACUCUUGA